AGCUUGCGUCACUGCCUCAGAGCAGAGAAGAGCGAGCAGUCGAGAGGGAGACGAGUUUGAAGGGGAGGACUGGUGUGAGUUAGGCAGCCCCCGAGGCUCUGCUUGCCCACCGCCCACCCUUUCCUCUCUUCUCCUACGGCUUCUCUUCCUGCCCGCACCUAUUCCCCGAAAACCCCUUAUUUAGCCAAAGGAAGGAGGCAAGGGAAUUCUUUCCCUUCCCCCUCCAAAAAAAAAAAUAAUAAUAAUAACUUUUUAAGUCCGGAGAAAGCAGGGGGCCGAGUGGUCACCCAGCUAGCCAUGGAGCUUCUGUGUUGCGAGGUGGACCCGGUCCGCAGGGCUGUGCGAGACCAAAACCUGCUCCAAGACGACCGUGUCCUGCAGAAUUUGCUCACCAUCGAGGAGCGCUACCUUCCCCAGUGCUCCUACUUCAAGUGCGUGCAGAAGGACAUUCAGCCUUACAUGCGCAGGAUGGUGGCCACCUGGAUGCUGGAGGUCUGUGAGGAACAGAAGUGUGAAGAGGAGGUCUUCCCUCUGGCCAUGAAUUACCUGGACCGCUUUUUGGCCGGGGUGCCGACUCCUAAGUCUCAUCUGCAGCUCCUGGGUGCUGUCUGUAUGUUUCUGGCCUCCAAGCUCAAAGAGACCAUCCCGCUGACUGCUGAAAAGUUGUGUAUUUACACCGACAACUCCAUCAAGCCUCAGGAGCUGCUGGAGUGGGAGCUGGUAGUCCUGGGGAAGUUGAAGUGGAACCUGGCUGCUGUCACUCCUCAUGACUUCAUUGAGCACAUCCUUCGCAAGUUGCCGCAGCAGAGGGAGAAGCUGUCUCUGAUCCGCAAGCACGCGCAGACCUUCAUCGCUCUGUGCGCCACUGACUUUAAGUUCGCCAUGUACCCGCCAUCGAUGAUCGCAACUGGAAGUGUGGGCGCGGCCAUCUGCGGGCUUCAGCAGGAUGAGGAAGUGAGUUCGCUCACUUGCGAUGCCCUGACCGAGCUGCUGGCCAAGAUCACCAACACAGAUGUGGAUUGUCUCAAAGCCUGCCAGGAGCAGAUCGAGGCAGUGCUUCUCAAUAGCCUGCAGCAGUACCGUCAGGACCAGCGCGAUGGAUCUAAGUCAGAGGAUGAACUGGACCAAGCCAGCACCCCGACAGAUGUGCGGGAUAUUGACCUGUGAGGGCGCCGAGUCGGGCGGAAAGAGAGAGGCGCAUUCGUCAUCUGCUCUCUCCUUCUCUCUGGUUAUGUUUUGUUCUUUGUGUUUUAGGAUGAAACUUAAAAAAAAAAAAAAAUCUACCCCCCACCUAGAUCAUAUUUAAAGAUCUCUUAGACGUGAGAGAAAAGGGUCCUAUAAAAACGGAAUAAUUAAAAGCAUUUGGUGCCUAUUUGAA